AUGACAUGUGACAAGAGUACGUUACCAGAGGAAGGUCCACGAAUAACAGGUGGGCGCCCACGCUAUCAAAUUGGUGAUACAGUUCGCAUUAAUUGUACAUCAGGUCGAUCUAAACCAGCAGCUCAAUUAAGUUGGUUUAUUAAUGGUGAACCGGCUGAUCAAAAUUUCCAGAAAGGUCCGUACACGAUAAUCACUGGACGUGAAGGCUUAGAAACAUCAAUAUUAAGUUUAGAAUUUCCAGUUCGUCAAAAAUAUUUUAAACGUGGCGACAUGAAAUUAAAAUGCCUAGCAACAAUUGCAACAUUAUACUGGAAAACAAAUGAAGAAAGUGUUGAAGGUGAUCGACCUUUAAAAGCACCUGUUCGUGAAAUUGUUCAAGCCCCAGCUAAUUCACGAGCUGAUCGUGUUCAAGCAUCAAGUAGUGGUGGAUGUAUGUUAACAUAUUCAACAACAACGAUGGUGCUACCCUCAUUCGUGUCCCUAGUGGCUGUCUGUGGCAUUAUAACACUAAUUCAAACACAUUCAACAAUGAUAUCAACCAUAUUUACUAACAUUUUAAUUAAUAUGGCUGCAAUAGAGCAAUUCAAUUUGACAAAUACAACUAUUGUUGUUGGUGAAGAUGUUGACUUACUUGUAUUACUCACUGCUCGAACGCCAACUGAAAAAACUAUUUUUUUCUUAAAACCAGGAAAAGCUCAGCAUCAAUCAGAUAUAUAUUCAUCAAAAAGUUUAUUUACUUUUGUAAAGUGUAAAGAUCAUGUACUAUUUUUACACGCAAUAACUGGCUGUGAUACGACAUCUGCAUUUUACAGGAGGGGUAAAACAGCAGUUUUCAAAAUGUUUGAAAAACAAGACUUAAUUCAAUGUGCUGAAGUUUUUAAAAAAAGUGAUUUAACUCAACAAGAAGUUCUUCUUUCUUCUUUCUAUGUACGGAGCUCCUAA